UUUAAUUUCGUUUAGCGGUGGAGUAGGUGGUCUGCCCUUGGCUCUAUGUUUUCAUUUUUUCCCCCUAUAAUUAAGCUUAUUAAAUGUAUCGCGAAUGUGUAGCCUCUGGUUGUUUACAUGUGUUUAAUAAUUAUACAAUCACAGUGCGGGCUGAGGAGGAUCGUUUCGACCAGUUGCUGACGGGGAUAUCAAUGGAUAAAAUCUUGAAGUAGACAUACUUUUGAAAGGUUAAGAAUUAGUGAGAACCACUGACGUCACAGACACAAGAUUUUAAAUUAUCAAAGUAUAGUCAAGUCCCUGAUUGCGAGAUGAGCAAAGAGGCAGUAGGCAGACAAAGUCCAGGUCCAAGCGAUUCAGGACACGAAACAAAUAAAGAACCCAGGGUGACGAAAAAUGGAGUCAGUGAUGACUCCGAGCUGUGCCCGGCAAGAGAGAAUAAACUCGAUUCCAGACUUGCAAACGAUUCUGACCACGAUGAAUUCCUGGAAAGAAUCAUUCAAAAAGAACGGGAAAAACUCAAAGAAACGGAUGAAAACGAGGUGAAUAAAAAUAGAAAUUUUGCUCGCAAAAGGGAAAUGAUCCGAUCGAGUAGCUGCGACGAAUGCAGUCCAAAGUCUGAGGUGAGGGGUGAAUCUGGCCGCGCUUCCAUCGGAUCGGAACAUUUCGCUCAAAAAGGAGUGGAGCGCAAGCAUCAACACCAGCAUCAAAGAUGCCAACACAGCUGCGAGCACCAUCUCCGGCAUCACCAUUAUCAUCACCAUCAUGGCAGCCACCACCGCCACCAUCACCGCCAUUUUUUCCCUGAUCAGCAUCAGCAGCCUCAACAGUCGAAGCAGUCAAGCUUUUUCCUGCAGCAAGAGCCGGUAGUGAACCUUCAGCAAGCCAUCUCAAACAGUGAGGAUCUGAGCAAAAGACAGCGUCUUGAGCUACUAAGUAACAUCUACGAACAGGUUAAAAUGAUAACACGGGUAGACAUCGCUCCGGCCCUGCCUCUGUCCACCCAGCCCACAAACCUGACUGGGCACUCUGAAUCGUUAGUUGGUAACCCAAAUCAGACAAUUCCAAAAGAGUUUAUAGGCGACACAAAAACGGGAAAUGCAGCUCGAUAUAGUAUCCAAGGUGAUGCUGACAAGCCUGCUGCCCGACAUGUUGUUAAGCGUCGCCGCCGGUCAAGCAGAAGGAGUUACCCUAACGAUGACCCCAUUCUUCCUCCCCCGCCUCUCUUCGACUGCACCAGCAGCGAUGACGACGUCACCGCCCGGAGGUCUCGCCCUCCUCCAUACCACCGAUUGCAACGCCACAGCUCGGGCAUUGAGUGGACAAAGCUGACCAAAGCGGCCAAAAGAGAGGGUUCAAACGAACCCCAGCCUACAGAACACACGAAACCCACUGCAGAGCAAGGAUUUCACAAUUCGUCAGAGUUCAACAUGGAGGAAAGACUACUACCGGCGUCAAAACCGGAAGUUACCCUAAUGGAUAAGGCAGACGAUAAUGUAACGGCACCCACCUGCGUCUUAAAAGAGAAAAGUUCAUAUGUCAAGCAUCAGAGUCCGGAAAUAGAUAUCCUGGAUAAAAACAGACAUACUAUACAGGUUCCUAUGACAUUUUGCCAAACAAACGACACUUUCUGCCUUCCCCCCGCGAGUAUCAAAGAUGAGCCCCAGAGAAGGGCCCCCCACAAUGCAGCCUCAGCCUACCACAGAGAGCCAUCGGCUCGAAAGUUACCGUCUCGCCCAAGCCGUGACCUAAAUCUAAGCAAUCCAGCUCACCUUCCAACGAAGGAGAAAUUAAAAAUGUCAAGAGCUGAAGCCUUAACCUUGAGCCAUGCCGCUCCAGAAGGAACAAUGGCGGAGUGUGGAGACAGAAACUUUGAAAUCUCAAAUCAGAAUGAAGAUCUAGAGCUCAACAGUCUUCUGCUGAGCCUUCAGGUCCUGAGCCAAACCUGUGAGAACCUCUGCAAAAGCAGCAAAGUUCAUGGCGGCUCUACCAAAAAGAGCAACAGUGAUCGAUCGUUCGCAAAAGGUAGCUUCACCAGAGAUAGCCGCAGCGCUGAAUGUCCGUGUGACCGAGGCGUUGCCCAAGGAGAUUUAUACAGAAAAGGCGACUGUAAAAGCAGUUGCAGACUGCAACUAGACGUCUGUGGUGGAAACAUUAACAAUAACAACAGCCUCCAAGAAGUCUGCCAGAACAGAACCUGUUACCGUACUGUGAAUCUGAAUAAUGGGGCAGACACAGGAAUUGACCAGAAGUUGAGCAGCAUUGUCGACGAAUGCAAAAUACCUAAAUGUAAUAAAAGUGGCAAUUUGAAACAACUGCCCUUUGUUGUCAGCGCAGUUGCAGUUGACACGAGUGACGUUGACUCGGGGGUCGUCGGUGUGAAAGCCGGCCUCGUAGCACCAAGAAGCAGCCCCACGCAGUAUUUUGAAGACAUAAAGGGAUUCGAAUCUAUGAAAAAUCUUGAAAACAUCAAAGAAGACAAGUCCUGUUUACAUGCCGAGGACGCAUUGAGGGACUCCAGAAAGACACAUCGCUAUGGCUUGGAAAAUAGUGAUCCAUAUAGCGGAAGUGACGAGCGAUGUGAAAGCUUGAAGCUUUUCCAAGCAGAUGUACUUACGGUCCUGACAUCAUCUCUCUGUGAUGACUUAAAAAUUGAUGCACUGAUAGGCAAAGAAGGAUCAGAUAUGGACCAAACGGAUAACUAUGUCAGCAAUGCAAACAUACACGAGGACAAUAAAGAAAAUACACGCGAAAUCCAACACGAUGUCGCCUUUGUAUUCAACGUUUCCAAGAGUGAUAAGAACGUUGGUGUUCCCGAUACGAGCGAAACGACAAUGCCAGCAAAGGAGGAGAAACCGAAAAAGAAAACUCGAAGACUGAAACCCUCGUGCCAGCGCUCGAAAUCUCUGCACAGAGAGAAGUCUCAAGAAAAGCAAGAAGAUAAGGCUUCAGAAGGCUCGAACUUAGGCGGCAGCCUGCGAGAAUUGGCGCACUUAAACAUUGACGUAAGUCAGCAGUUGGUGGAUGGAAAGCGCGUGUUCUUGGUCAAGGACGCUUCCCCAGAAAUGCAGAUGAUAGUCAAUUCGUUGACCCCUGUAUUAUCCAGGAGAAGUCGAGGAAGAAAAAGUGGUCUGUACGAACACGCCCCUGUCAAUGAAAAGAUCCUUCUAAGUUAUGAAGAGCAACACGCUAAUGGUGGUGAGAGAUCAAAUCAUUUAACCAAAGACGAAGAAUCAGCUUUAAAUUCAUCCAACGUGUCACCUAACGAGGGUUCUCUUCCCAAUACUUGCUUAGGUGCAGUGUCGAAGAUCUCUGAAGACUCUGGAUUUCCAUCCAUUUCUAAAGACUCUUUUCAUCCUAACGAGCCAUUCUAUCCGAGUAGAACGUCACCAAUGAAGAAUGCAUCUGCUCAAAGCUCCACCAAAACGUGUUCUAACAGAUUCAAUGGAAGCGUUGGACUUAGAGCGUGCACCACUGACGAUUGUAUUUUGGACAGCGAUGACCUUACGGCCGAGCUACAAGAGAAUCAAAAAAGCUUGAUUAUGAGUCCCAAGCUAUCCAAAACUUGGCAUGGAACGCCGAGCUUUACUAGGUACCGUUCUGGUCCCAAAAUGGGCCUCGGUAUAUUGCAGUCAGAGCUACACCAAACAGAGGAGAGAAAGAGCGCUAACAGCUCACCGCUUAUGCCCCACAAAUCGUCAUCCAGAGAACAAGCUGGGUCAAGCUCGCAACAGCAUUCGCAGACUUUGCCAAUCAUCUCACGCACGCUUCUAGACGCAAUGCACAAGCGCUACUGCGCCCACCAGUAUUCCAACAACUACCAAACGCUCCAGCCUUUCACGAUGCUCAAAAUUGACCCCGCGUCAUCCUCUGGCAACCAGGCGAUCACGGCCCUGCGCAUAGAGCCGUGCUCAGUCCGCGACCACGAGGUGCACGUCGCUCCGCCGUCGCCCCAGUUCAUCGCCCGCCUCCGUCAGCUAAACACGGAGUUUAAAGCCAACAGAUCCACGGGUGGUCAACUCCUGCCUUCUCGCUCACGGCUCCACCUCGAGCGGGGACAAGAUCCACAGGAGCGUCAGGCGACACCUCCGAAACACAAUUUUAUCGCUCUGAAUCUAGAGCACCAACCUUUGACCCCAGCACGCCAACCUCUGACCCCAACACGUCACUUCUCUCCAGAAAAGUCACACAAGACAGGUGCCCACGUGGAAUACCAAUCCAAUUCUACUUAUAACUAUCCGCAUGAAAGAUCUGCACAGAAUGAUGACCAGAGCGCUUCGAGCUCCUCUGAUGAUGUCUUCGGAAAGCAUAGCUCUGUGUGCGAUGCGUCAUCGAGCGGUAAUCCCCCAGAAGCGUCGCCCUCCUUGCAUAAGAGAUUACAGCACGGUUGUAAGCAGGCUGAACUCGAGGCCAUCGAGGCCCUGAAGUGGCUGAGGGCAGCCGGUUUCCCGCAGUAUGCCCAGAUGUUUGAGGAUGGUCAGUUUCCUGUAGAACUGAGUGUCGUGGAGAGGGACCAUGACUUUCUGGAUGCCGACUCUUUGAAGUCCUUGUUUCGGCGCCUGGAGACCCUCAACAAAUAUGCAGGCAUGAAGAUACACUCCCAGCACAAGAAGAAGGGCACAAGUGAAGAGGAGGAAGACGAGGAAGACUUGUGUGCCUUAAGUGAGAGGUGGGAGUACCAAAAGUCUGCUAGGAGAUGGUCAAGGAAAGAGCCACAGAGUCCAUCUGAGGGCGUCAGCAAGCCCCUAGACACCCGCGCUAGUAGCCAUGACAGCCUUCUUGCUGACCAGGACAGUGGCAGUCAGACUGGGGACAGUCCGCUCAUGGAUUCCAAGUUGCCCCACCCGCAAGACACUGCCCUUCCAUCGAGUGGUCAGGCUGCUCCAUACAGCGACGAGCCAGACGCAGUACAGAGGGCCAUGCAAAAAGCAGAGGUAGAAGCGCAUUUAUCUAUGCCCUCCUCGUUUUCUCCGCCCCUGCGGCGCUCUGCUAGUGAAAAGGUCAAACCGACACGGGCGUUGUGGAAGACCAUGAAAUCUAAGAAAAAAGCUGGGGGCGGAAGAGGUAUUGUAGAGAUAAGUAACCCAGUGGUUGCGGAUAAAGAGAACAUGCAGGCCAAACUGGUCAAGUUUAACUGCAGGGAUAUUUCCCCCACGUCCAACGUUGCGACGACCCUGCCUCACCCUAGGAAUGGCAGUGAACGCUUGUCUGUUGGAAGUCCCACAUCGCCUCAAUCGGCCCCAGCAAUAACGACGUAUACGUCAUCGUUCGACUCUCCUUUCGGAUCUCGAAAAUCUUUCGCCAGCCAGUCCUUAAGGGUCCAUUCCUUCUAUGCCGAUCAGACGGACUCUGGGAAUGCCUCCAGGGACUCUCAGCUUCACGGGUUCUAUUCAGCUCACUCGAAGCUUCUUCAGAGCCUGGAGUCUGCACAGCAGAAAGAGACGGGCGUGGUCAAGCAGAACAAGAGUGACAACAAUCUCAAGGAGAUCUUCAUUCUCCCAGAAGGCCAUCAGCCGGGGAGGUUUCCAACUGUUUUGCAGAAUGGGUACAUCGAAACAAAACAGUCGGCAGCUCCAGGCACCAAUGAACAUCCUUCAGACAUUCCUUCACUCUCUAGUGAUGUUGCUGAGAGCUAUCCCGGGGUGACACACGAACCAGGGCACCGGUUCAGCUUUUACGAUAACUGGCUGCCUGCUGAUGGCAAAUCCGACCACAGUGGUCACCAAACGAAUAUUCCUAGUGUUCCUUCGGGAAGCUCCCACUUGACCACCGGCUCUUCUCAUGAAGGGCACGGGAGCAAUCAUGCGGUCACUUUCGACUGUCACAAACUGGACAGCAUUCGCGAGUCACGGUCCAGCUCUGUGUUAAGUACUUCCGGCAGUCAAUCGGACAGUGACUCUAGACAUUUUCUGGAUCGUCAUCUCGAUCAGACCCCAUAUGCGGGCGGCUUGUCAUCUCAGUUCAGGGUGGAUAAAACCAGCCGAGAGUCCAGCGCGGAGCCUUCGUCAGGGGGCAUAACACAGUCACCAUCUCUUCAUUCGGGAGAGCUGACCGAGUCAUCUUCCUUACAUUCCAGUCGUAAGACCAGCAACGCUGAGGUAGUGGACGGUGCUUCUAGCAGGAGUGACCUGAAAUUGGAGUACGAAGAGUUUGACCAGAUCCUGCAGCAGCUUUAUGAAAAGAUCAACGACCUGAACAACUACGUCACCAAGGAAGAGAAAGGUAUACCACCCAGUCAGCACACAAGACAGACUCCCCAGAGGUCAUUAAGUGUUGACAUGACCCGCUCUCAACCACUGCCCUUCGAGCUGGACAGCCCAGUGUCACCCAACUCAGACUCUGCCCUGUCCCCAUCGUCGCCCAUGUCCACUGGCGGCAUCAUGGGCGGCCCUGCGGAGGAAUCUGUGGAGGACAACAGCAGCAGCGGGUCAAGCGGUGGGGACAGCUCUCAUUCUGGGAGUGACCAGGAGGUCGGCCUGACUGACCUCUCUCAUGAUGACUCUUUAGAUCAGAUCACUCACGCCUGCAUGGAGAGGAGGGACUCUGGUGUUGGUCACUCACUGACCAGAGCUUCAGGAGAUAGAAGAAGAAAGAAACUCAGGUGGAAUAGCUUCCAGAAGUGUCACCGACCAGAUGUGACAUGUCGCGCCAUGCAAAUUAACAGCUUGACUGUCAGUCAGCUGGUCAGGCUUCAGAAACUCUCCCUCCUGAAGCUCACUUCCAUCAUGGAGAAGUAUCUUCCAGUCAAUAAAUCUGGCUGGAACUGGAUGAUGGCUAAACUCAUGAAGAAAAAGCCUCCUGACUUCAGUGGUAAAAAUGUCUUUGGUGUCCCAUUCACUGUGAUGGCCCAGAGGACAGGUCAACCACUUCCCCAGUGUGUCCUCUAUGCCAUGAGAUAUCUCAGGAGAACAUCCCAGAAUGCAGUAGGAAUCUUCAGGAAGUCGGGAGUAAAGUCCAAAAUACAGCAGUUACGUGACCACUUGGAAGCUCAUCCUGAAAUCUCAGAUUUUGAAGAUGCUAAUGCAUACAACGUGGCAGACAUGCUGAAAACAUAUUUUCGAGACUUGCCAGAGUGUCUGCUGACCAACAAAAUGUCUGAAACAUUCCGAAGCAUUUAUACAUAUGUUCCGCAGCCACAAAGACUGGAGGCCAUUCAAGCAGCCAUUCUACUUCUGCCUGAUGAGAAUCGGGAAGUGCUGCAGUCCAUACUUCUGUUUCUCAGCGAUAUUUCCUCCCAUGAAUCUGAUCAUCAGAUGAACGCAAGCAAUCUGGCCGUCUGCUUUACCCCUACAGUAUUUCAGCUCGGCCCGCGCUACACAGGUUCCCCAAAAAGAAAUCGUAAAAAUUCUCCAGGCAUUCCAGAUCCGAGGGAAAUAUUAGAACAGAAAGCUGCGCACGAGUGUUUGCUGAUGAUGAUAACAGAGUGCAAGAAGCUGUUUACUAUUCCAGCCAACAUCUUUCGACAACUCCAAGGUACUUCAUUGGCUCAUUUGGAGCCUGCUCCACUUCAAGACAUUGGCAACUCUCCGGCUGAUGUGAAGGCUUUUGGUCAAGAAAGAAUUCAGAUGGUUUUAAAGGAAGCCCAUGAUAAGAAUCGUGGCUGGAUACCUGGAAUGGUCAUUAAUGAUGUUGAGGUCUUCUAUCGAAAGCCAAUGGACGACUGCCCACUCAAGGAAUGGAAACUUGUUGUUGAUAUUGAAGCUCCACCCAUUGAAGUUUUGCGCAGAAUUAUGCAUGAGAGGCACACUUGGGAUGAGGAUCUACUCAGUUGGAGUGUUCUGGAAAGGCUGGAUCCACACUCGGAUAUAUUUCAGUAUGUGUUGAGCAGCAUGGCACCACAUCCUUCCAGACAUUACUGUGUUUUGAGAUAUUGGCGAAGUGAUCUAAAUAAGGGAGCCUGUGCACUGGUCACUAUGUCUGUUGAACAUUCAGAGAACAUGGAUAUUCAAGGAGUAUGGGCCAUUGACUUAGGCUCAUUUAUUCUCAUGGAGCCAUGCGGAUCAGGACGGUCAAGAGUAACCUAUAUAACUCGGGUAGACACACGGGGACGCAGCCCUGAAUGGUACAGUAAGGUCUUUGGCCACAUUUGUGCCAACUUUCUGGAAAGGCUCCAGGAGUCCUUCAAGCAAGAGUCAUGUGGACCAGAGACAAAAGUAUAGCAGAUGCUGAUCCAUUGACCAAGGGCCAUUUUAUUUGUUGGUGCCUACAGCUAUAUUUAGCAGCCUUCAUGUUGUAGCCCACGUCUGGGUUAAUUGAUUGUGAUGCUGACCUGGCGGUGAGAAUAACAUGCAUAAUAAGAACCGUGGUGUUCCUUGCAUCAGUGGUGGUGCCAAGCUGCAUCCUGGGAAGCUGUCAUGUGAUUGUGAUAACCAGGAACCAUAAACAUUUGUUCAUGAGAGAAAAAAAUGAGGACUUCUUUCAUUUCCAGAUCUGUUUUGUUGACGGAUAGCCUAUGGACUUAACUACUCUGCUUACAGAGACACAGAGAAGAGAGUGGGAGAAUCUUUAUAAAUCUACAUUAUUUCUUUUGACUCAUGGCAGCUAUUUUUUUCUCUGUCGUUAGAUAUUUUUUUUUAUCUUUAUAGUAUUACUUCUAGAUUUGUGAGUUUCAAUUUUUCAAACUUCAUAAUCUUGUCUUUGGACUCAGCUUUGUUUGAACUUCAGAAAAGCCUGGUUUAAUAUAAAAUACCUAUGUUUAUAUAUAUAUCAGAUAUAUAUAUAUAUAUAUAAUUAUAAACCUUGCCCAAAAGUAAAAAAUGUAACAGUUGUGUUGGAAUUCCAUUUUACAUUACAUUACAUUAGUAAAGAGGUUGCUAAUGGAAAUUGUUGGAUGUUACAUCAAGACUGUUAUCACUGUUUCUGUCAGGAAGCUGAUGCAACAAUGUUAUUCCUUUUUUUUAAUGUUCAUAUCAAAGCUGCUAGAUUUUUAAUGCCCCAUUAUCCUUACAUUUUGUGUGUUGUGUGUAAACGUAUAUUGUUUUACUCUCCAUGUCAAGCAGGGCCUUGCAAUGUUACCCAACUGCAUAAUGUUGUUUGAUAGCACCAUUUGGUCUACUCCACACUGAUAUUUCAAGAGUGUGCAAUGUUUUUCUUUUCUUUCUCCUGUUGGAAUGCUACGUGCUGAUGUUUUCAUACUCAACUUUAUGACUUUUUAUAACACAUUCAAGUUUUAAUGGAAACAAAGUGAAAUUCUCCAUCUACCCCAUACUCUUUUUUUUUUACUCUGCAAGGGAAGUCAAUCCAAAUUGUUUUACUGCAGAAAUGAAGCAGUUGAUUGGACAUCGUAAGGCUAUUUUGUUAAUGCCUAACUUUUUAUCAUAAAUAUCUUGCGCCUUGUAGCAUGUAUUUUAUGAUGUACUUUUCUUUAUCUUUUUCAUGCCAGAUAACAUUAAAGCUAGGUUUUAUAUUAGGAACCUUUUUUUCACUGUAGGUCUUAAUAAAAUGUAUUUUUUUGUAAAUGUUUUUUUUAAUCACUGAAAAGUACAAGUGGCCAUAAUUACCUCAUUUAAACUUUGAAUUCAACAAAUAGCAAUUUUGUUGAUAUCAGUAUAUAAGUUGUACAAUUCUUCACUUAUCUAAUAUAUACUAUCCUAUUUAUGUCUAGUGUAUAGACCUGAUAAUGACUGUCUAUUAUAAGAAAGUAUAUCUGCCAUACAUAAUUUUCUACUAAAAAGUAAUUUUUGUAUUUCUUUCUUGAUCCUGGCCGGUGAUUUUUUGGUAUGGGCAUGUAAUGUGUGUCGAUGCUUUAUAUGUAUAUAAGAUUGAGUAUGUGAUUUCUUUGUGCUUCUGUUGUCCUUGCAUAUUAUUUUGUCAUUAGAAAAAUCCCAUUGGAUAUGUCAUCACCUAGAUACAGCAAUCUUAUGUGUUGAUGUGGUCACUUCCUGUUUAAGGGGAUGUCAUUUAAUGUAGACACUGGACACCAUCAUUAGUUGGGCUUUGGGUUAUUUGUGCGUAUUUUUUAAUACCCCUGAUAUUUAUUAAUGCCUGAAGGUGCUUGUUAAAAUAUUAAAUGCACAGACAAGCAGUAGCACUGAAUAAUUACCACAUCAUUGAUUGAUGUCUAUAUCAGUGAUUGGUAUCUAUAUCAUUGAGUAUGUCCAUUUAUUGGGUGAUUUACCAUGAUGUCUACAUCAUUAAUUAAUGUCUUUAUUAUUCAGUGACAUCCAUUCAUUGAGUGUUUACCACAUCAUUGAUAGAUUACUGCAUCAUCAUUAGAUGUCUGUAUAGUGAUGUUUAUAACAUUUGGUCUUCAAAUGGGCAUUUUGCUUUGUCAGUUUGUUUUUUUAGCUUUAGAAAAUGAGCUAUAUAGGGACAAAUUCAUUAUGUUAUGACUGCGUUCUUGAAUUCACAAAUGGCAGAUCACUUUGCAUUCUACAGACCAUUAUUUUUUUUUGUUGCUUUGAUAUGUUUGAAUGUAAGCUUUUCAUAUAGGGCCAAAUAAACACUGGUAUUCAUGGGCUAUUUAUUUGUUUAUGGAUUCAAGGUCCAGUAAACUAACAUUACUUUUCAUUCGCAAGAUGUUUUCUUUAUUUAUAUAUUAUUUGUGAGUCCCAUUCUGUUUCAUCUUUGUUCAGAAGAUAGGAACAGAAACUAUUAUGUUCAACUGAAUCUUGGUUCUGUUGUUGUUACAUGUGUCAUAUGUGUGUACUUCGUGUACUGCACUGAACAUUUCAUUGGGUUUUUCAAUUCAAUGUUCUUAAUGUGGUCAUGGCCUGGAUGAAUAUAGCCAACAUGUAAACUUGUGUGAGAUCAAGGUGUGGUUGAAUGUAGUUAUAUGAUUUAGUGGAUGUGGUCAUGAAUUGGUUGAAUGUAGUUUGGUUAUGAUUUAGUGAAGGAGGUCAAGAUGUGGUUGAAUGUAGUUAAAAACUGAUCUAGUGGAUGUGGUCAAGAUGUGGUUGGAUGUAGCCCAGAGAAAAUCUAAUGUAUGAUCUAGUGUAUGAUGUUGUCCAAAUGUGAACUCAUAUCCAAUGUGGUAACAUGCCAGAAAAUUCAACAUUUCCUCCUGAGUAAGUGGUCUUUGAAGUUCAGCGUGGUACUACUUUGUGUACAGUGUAUGGUUCACUGGUGUCAUACUAUAGCCUAGUAACAUAUACCUGACUCUUACACUCUUGGAGUACAUUUCUUCUUGCAUAUAUCAAUGUAUGUAUAAAUGGCUGUACACACAUAUAUAUAUAAAUAAAAUAUAUAUAAAUAGAGCAAGCUGUACCAUGUUUUUUGUUUUCUCUAGACUGUAUAAUAAGUUGAUUGUAUGAUCCAGCCCCUCUCUCUCUCUCUGCUUGACAUGAUGUACACUUUGAUAUUUUAACUCAAUCCAGGCUGUUGUCUUAUCUAUGACAAUAUCAAUAAACUUUACAUUGUUGAAAAGAAAAAA